AUGAAGAGAAAAUUGAUUCGCAUUUGUAUAGUUGUUAUAUCUGUUGUGACACUCUUUGGGGGGGAACUAAACGCUCGUGGGCACCAACAUCUGGUCCAAAAAGGCGAUACGUUGUGGGGGCUUUCUCGGAAAUACAAAGUACCUCUCAAAUCGAUUAUCCAAGCUAACAGUAUUCAGCCGACGAAACGGUUACAGAUCGGAGAAAAACUCUUAAUUCCUGGAGCCCCCGUUGAGGGAAUUUGGUAUCGGGUUCAAGCCGGGGAUACAUUGUCUGGUAUUGCGAGUCGCCAUAACGUUGACUGGCAAGACCUUCAGCGAAUUAAUGGUAUCUCUUCGCCUCGCGCCCUCCAGAUUGGCACAAGAAUUCGUAUUCAACGAGAUGACAGCCUCAGUUUUGGAAAUCCGCUUCGGGUCCCUUUAGUUGUAACCUCAAAGUAUGGUUAUCGGCCUCACCCUGUGACUCGCCGCUAUCAGCGCCAUGAAGGUAUAGAUUUCCGCGCCUCCACGGGUACCCGCGUUUAUGCUUCACGAGCAGGUCGGGUGAUCUUUGCUGGACGGAGAGGUGGUUACGGUAAAAUCGUAGGUAUCGAACACGAGGGCGAUUUUACGACGUGGUAUGGACACUUGUCACGUAUUAGAGUGAGAGUUGGGCAAACUGUCUCAAAGGGAAAGGUAAUUGGGCUUUCCGGGAACACUGGUAUUUCAACAGGACCCCAUUUACAUUUUGAAAUUAAGUACAAAGGCAGGAGUGAAAAUCCAACGAAUCACAUUAUCAUACCAUAA